AGGUUGAAGGUUUUCUCCUCCGGCGUGGAUUUCUUCGCUUGGCAGAAAACUAGCUGUAGUUGUUCGAAGUUCAUCCUGAUGAAGAUGAAAAUCGCCGGAUGAAGAUGCCGGCGUUCGAUCCGGGCCCGCGGGUAUCGCGCGUCGGAUUGUUUCCCUUCAGAGUACGGAACUUUCACUCGUUGUUGCAGAUUUUUCUGCUGACGCCCGAUGAAAGCACUGCUUUCACAGGUCAUGCUCCGUCUCCGGUGGAUGAGUUGUAUUCGACAAAGAACAGCGAUGAUCAUAGUGGCCUUUCCGCGACUGCCGUCUUGAACGAGGACGGAGAAGAUGAUCGAGAUGGGGAUGAUGAUAAUCCUUUACCGGCGGACGACGAUACGGAAGUGGACGUCACACCACGCCACCACCACAAAAUCAAGAACCGUCACCGCGGCCACCACAGAACAGAUGCCGGGAGGAGGCACAAACGCAGGAAGCACAAGCAUCAUAGGCGGAAAGAACCGCACAGAGAACUCGAAGAGGAGGACGACAGCGAGAUCGUCGAUGCCAACGCAGCCUUGGAAGAUUUGGCGGAAGAAGCUGCGCCAACAGUGGUCAGGCCCUCCGCGUUUACUGCACUGGAAAGUCGAAGUACCGAAAAUUAUCCUGAAGGAGUGGCAUCUACUACUUCCAGCAACUCUGACGCUGCACCACCAGACGACACGAUCGAUCCUGAGCAGAACGACAUCACUAGCUCAUCGUCCCUCGACGUCGAACAAACAGACCAUCGAAAGCAAUUGCACCAGCGUCCCGCGAGGAGCCCCCGCGGCUUCCACGCACCUUUCCCACUGCUCCCCGCACCUUUAGUAAAGCAACACCUCGUCGCGUCCGCGCUGCAGCAGAAGCAGAGACAGAAACAGAAAUCGGACAACACGGGCGUUUCUAAGGACGAGGAAAGCGCGAGUGGCGUCGGCGAGGACAGCAAGGACAGAAGUAAAAAGAAAACAGACAAAGGCGGCGAGGACAGCACAACGGACAAUGAGCAAGACGACGCGGAUGACGCGGAGAUCGCGACCGAGCAGUUGACGCCGCUGAAGCCGGAGAAACUGUGGGACCUGUUUAAAUCUUGCGGCUGGAAGAAACAAGGAACCGACAGCGAGAAAGAAGACUACUUGGAAAAAAAAUUCCAGGAUUUCGUCGCGACCGAACUGAAGUCCGCGUUUUCCUCCCCGAAUUCCCACCAGCAGCUCCCCCGGGAUUUGUCAACAAGGAGCAAAAGAACAGUUUUUGUAAGAGUUUUGCACGAACAGGCGGAUUUGUUUUGUGAGUCGUUGAUCGAAGACGACGGGGAGCAAAGCACCGACGCGAACAGCAUUGAGGCGAAGACGAAGUCGCAGCUGCCUUCCCCGCAGUACGACCGGCACCAGCAGAGGAAGCCGCGGUUUGUGACCGAUAAGUGUAUCCGCGACAAGAAGGAGGACACGAAGCAGCAAACCAUGGUAUGCCGGAACGCGUUUGGCGAAGACUUGGGGAAGUACGUUUUGGCGAACUCGCAAAGGACGCAGGACUUGAAAAGGAAGUGGAAGGGGAAGAAGUUGAGUGAAAAGGACUUCACGGAAGUGAAAUCUCUAGCAUCGUUACCGAUGUUCGGAUCGGGCUCCGAAGAAGUGUUUUUCACCACGCCGAACGAGUCGAAACGAGGUUUGUAUUGCGGCAUGGACAAGGAACAAAUGCUGGGGAAAUUUUACGAGGGGAAGGGAAAGGAAUCUGCUUCGGAAGAUAAGAAAAAAGGCGGGGAGGACGAAGGGUCGUCGUUUUUGGAGCAGGGAAAAGACGACGAGGAAAAAGGAAAAGGUAGUACAUUGUCGCUAUCGAACUUGAAAUGUUACAAGCUUGCUACGAUGCUUGCAAUAAACUUGUGUAUGAAGAUGUGCUGCUUGAUGUUGCUAUGAAUGCUGCGAUCGCCUCUGCUGACUCUGAGACGACUUUUGUAGCACGUUCUUUGGGACGUCGACGUGUGUUCAUCACAACAAAUACAGUGACGAGCGACCCGGAGCAAUCUGAGAACCACUUCUACGAGAUUGCCGAUUACGAGAAGGCCUGCAAAGACAUGUGUCCGCACUACGACGAUUUGCUCCACGAGGCUGAGAAGGACGCGAAGAGCGCGCAAAGUAGCAAGCACGCCUCCUUUCUGGUCGACGGCAUGUGGGUUUGUGUGUCGACUCUCCGGUACGAUAGCUGCAAGAAGGAUUCUGUUGCAAUCAUCCAAAAGAUGAACAGCAAACAGGGAGCAGGCUCUGGUGGAAAAGCCGGGCAGCAGCUUCUGCAAAAAACCUCCAAUCUGAUCCCCGCGUCAGCGGACUGCUUUCUGGAAUUUCUGCAGUCCAUCCUGGAUUUCCAGCUGGAAAAUGCCAGUAUGAACAACGAAAAACGCACCACCCAAGCGAUCAACCUCCCCUCGGCUCAGGACAUAGAAGACCGAUUAGAAUACCUUCGUGUCGGCACAGCGAGAAAAUUACGAGAAGACUGCGAGUCCUGGCUGGGCAAAGAAACCCGAGUCGGGCCGGUGUUCGGGCUGGGUCGCGUUUGUGACAACGGUGCGGACGUCGCGCCCGCGAUUGCGCAGACGAAUUUUGAUUCCGCCAGUUCCGGCGCAAACGAGUUUCAGGCGAUGAAUGCGCAAUAUAGUAUCAUGGAGCGGAAAUCCUACCACGCCUUUCUCCAUCGCGAGUGCGAGGCGGUACAGCGGCGGUCGCCGAACUGGUUUCUCCCGAGCCUCUGGAACUUCCAGCAUUCCGGACCCACGGAGCACUGCUCGCUACACCGCGUGCAGGCGAGGCAGGCGCGGAUCGAUUUUAUGAUCCGGGAAUUCAACAAGUUACCGGAAUACCUGUCGAAAAUCUUCAUCGCGAAAGUGUUGCUGAACGAACUAGACGACGACGCGGUGCACGCGUUAAUCGGAUUGGAUCGCCCCGCCCGGAAGGCGUCAACCACCAUGUCUUUCGUCACGUCGGAAUUGCUCGGGAAGUUCCGGAAAGUGUUGAACAAGUCACAGCCGAAGGGGAAAAAACUCACCGGCGAAGAGCACUUGGACGUGAUCUUCGCCAGGUUUUUGUCCCGAAGCGAGCUGUGGCCGCAGAAGUUUUGGCAAAAUUACGUGUCCCCGGCUCAGAUGGCGGCGUUCAAGCAGCGGAAGGCGAUUUACCUGAAGGAGUGCGACCGGCUGGGGCUGCCGAUGGCGUUUCGGGACGACAUGGACCCCAAUUCCGCGACGGGAUGCACGCGGGAGACGAUAAAACUGCAGCUGCAAUUAAAAGCGGACGAGUAUAAAAUGAAUCUAGAUUCCGAACAGAGACUGGAGCAGGAGGCGAGGAGCGCGCAGCUGAUGGCUAGGACAAACUCCGGGAAGAAGCGGGCUUUAUCCUUUCCGGACUCAUCCGUCCCGAAGCAGACGGCGCAGGACCUGCUCGACGAGGCGAAUAGUGGGAAGGCGAAGUUGGCGGAUCAGACGACCGAUAAUGGGAUCGUGGUAUGGAGUGACAACAGCGAAUCUCAUCGGAAUCUGGGCCGAUUGCAGGAUUACAACACGUGGCGGGCAUAUUCGGACGAGGGCGGGGAGAUGGCGGUGCAUAAGAAAUUGAAGUUCAUCGACCCGAAAACUGGGGAGGAAAGUAACGACAACAGCGGGGGCCGAAUGGAUCGCAGUGUCAAGGCGUCGGAAGCAAGUGGGUCGUCUGGCUCUGCGGAUUCGGGUAAAAAGGAAGGCGAAGGGGAAACAAGCCCAGACUCCGAAAACCCCGAGCAGCCACCGCAGCAGGAGGAAAAGGGGAGACAGCCGGAGGAGCCACUAAUGGCCGAUCAUUUACCGGUGACGCAGCAGGUAUUCAAGAUUCCCGGGGCGAUUCUGGACGAGAUGAAAAGCGGGGAGAAAGUGGAUGCGAGUGGCGAGGUGGUUCCGGAAGAGACGCCGGCGGGAACGGAGGAAGGUGGUGGGUCGGGUGAAACUACGGGUGCAGCUGCAAGUUCCGAUGGCGCAGCAGUCGCUGGCGCACCAAGAGAGGAAGGUAAAGAAAAAGAUUCCAGCGAGAUCACCAUGCCGAAUGGCGAGAAAGAAGCCAUAGGUGGGGAAGAAGUGGCGGGAAAGGGACGUGAAUCUGGAACACAAGUGGGUGACCGUGACGCUGGUGCAGCAACUGAAGACACCGACUCAAAGAAGGAUCAUGACGGAGAAGGAACUAAGGGCAGUCCUGGAAAUGAACCCGCUGAAAAAUCAGCCAACUCGGUAAGCGACAAAGAAGACGGGGACCACGGGGCUGGAGGUCACGAAGGCGACUCUCAGGGCCGCAAAGAGGAGGCUACUGCGGCUGCGGACAAGGACGAGAAGAAGUCCGAAGCUAACGAGGAGAAGAAGGACUCAAAUUCGGAUGAUGAGUCCGACAAGACAAAAGUUUCGGAGGAGGAAGACGCGUCGGGAAAAAAACCAGAAGAGUUCGAUGAUUCUGAAUCGAAAAAGGACAGUGAAGAAAAAGAGGAGCCCGAAAAAGCGUCAGCAGAGAAGGACUCUGUUGCUGGUGAUGCUAAGAAGUCUGAAUCGGAAUCGUCGGAAGAUAAAAGUGAUAAAGAGGACGGAAAAGCCGGGGACGAGCACUCAGAGUCAAGCGACGGUCCCCCGAAGAGCGAACAGGAACACGAGGAAAGCAAGGACAGGGGCGAUGCCGCAAAAGGAGGUGAAAACGACCACGGGAGGGAUGAGGGAUCUCCUGGCGAUGACAAGGACAAAGAUGAGCACGAAUCCGGGGCAGCUACAGAGAAUGAGCACGCGGAAGAGGAGCAUGAGGAGGCGGAAGAGCAUGAACACGAAGAGAAGAGCGGCAGUGGAGGUGCAGAAAACGAGGAUAUGGAGGUGCCAUCGAUAUUUACUAUCACGCCAGGCCUCAUUCGUACCCGGACUGUAUCUCUAGCAGUCUCGCGACAACCGAAACUUGCGUGGAAUAAAAUUAAAGCUUCCUUCUCUCUGCAUAUGCAUUACUCGAUGAGACGAGUGAGAUGGAACAGCACCGCGAAUGGCCAUGUCUGACGUGACAGAAGUUUUUUCACAGGAGAACGGGCGAGGACACGAAUGGCAACGAGGAUGGCGGGCAAGACGACAAUGACCAGGACGCCGCUUCUUCCUUCGUGGAAGAGAAGCCUAAGCGUAAGCCAAGACAGAAGAACGAAGUUUCAUCUAUCAUAGUAAAAAAGCCUGGCAGCACCAGCACCAGCAUCGAGAAUAGCUCGGCAAGAAACAAUGAAGUCGCGUUUAUAUCAAGAACAAGCAGACCCCAGCAUCAGCAACAGCAUGCGACAGAGCCAGACCGAGACGAGAAGUGUGUUACUGCGAGCAGCAUCAGGCAUGUGGACGAGGCUCGAAAGGAUGUUCAGAUCCACACUGUCGCAGUGCUGGGUGGCUCACAGAAAUAUAAAGAAAACCUACAUUUGCUGUAAUUACUUUGCAACUUUUUAACUAUACGCGAAAAGGUUUCUAGCGUUUUUCUCAAAGUGUCAACGUGCAUAGAAGCAGCAUCACGACGCCUGGACAGUCGUUCGCAGUCAGGAGCAAUGACCCACAUGGCCUCGCCGGCGUCCGCUAAGACAUCAGAAGCAAACGCAAAUGCAUUUGCGGAGAUAUUACCGUAUAGGAGGCAAAACGCGGCUAGCUUUAGCGCAGAGCUCACGUCGCCGGCCUCAAGCGCAACCGCUCCACUACUCGAGAUGAACAAACUCCUAGAAGCCAGCGUUCGUGUUGGGCCUGUUGACGAUUUAACAGUUCAACGACUUAAGCGAAACGCCGUGGUGGCCGGCGUCGCGACAAAGAACCAAUUAAUGCCGAUCGUGUUCCUAAACGAGAGGAAUCAAGUUGCCGGUCGUUUUCACGCUCUUCUCUCACCCCGAGAUUUGAACGCGAGGAAGUUGUCCACCAUGAGAACCAAGUCGGGUGAAAUAUUAAAAUAUAUCCAGCUGGCACAUGACUUGGAGGCGGAAGUUGAAUUACAAGAAUCUGUCGGGACGGCAAUGGAGAUAAAAGCGUGGCCAGAUGAGGUUGCCAACGGAGAUUUCAUCGUGAAGGUAACCAUUCAGAAGCACAUUGAAGGACAACUCACUCCGCUUCAACUUGAAGGGCAAGUUUCCGUAGAGGAAGUCCGCAAUUCUCAAAACCGGGGGUUGACGGGGGACAUGGCAAUUCCAGAAGAUUGGUCCUGGACAUCUUCAAAGGUUCAAAAAAACGGAAACGAGUGGACCUUGCAGGCCCCGCCCGAAUCUGAACCAUCAGACUUUCCGGCCGCGUCAGCGCCGGGAUUUGUAGAAACAAUUCGAUUUCUCAACGACGCAAACCAAGAACCGAUUAAAAGGCCCGACUCUGGUACAGAGAACAUACCUCUGAACCUGAAGCUUGUGAUUCAACGUUGGAGACCAGCAGGGGAAGGCAUGCGUUUGGUACAAUUUUCUUCGAAUUCACCCGGUAAAUUUUACCAAGACGCACAGGGAAACACUUACUCCUUUCUCGUGGUGGAGGAUGCGGUCGUACCGAAACCCAUCGAAAACCCGCAACAAUCCGCUUCCAUGCCCGAAGACGAUGUCGCCGAGGAUCCUGCGCACGAGAUGCUACAUGCUGGAAUCCAUCCAAGCGAUAUGCUACGACGCGCUCAAGAACUAGAGCCAGCGGCAGCUCCGGUAGUGGUCGCGGGAAAGCAAAGGCACGACCACUCCACGAGUAGCGGUCGUGUUGCAGGCAACGUCGCCCGUGCCUUUCGCUGGGCUACGAGCGGAGGACGACGAUCAGCGACUAGUUCAUCUGCGUCUUUCAUCGAAACCAGACUCGGCGAACACCUAUCCGAAAAAGUCCGGAUCUCCUCAGUCGACAAAACGGAGAAAACGGUAAUAAAGCGCACCGAGGCCACGCAGGAAAUGCUGGAGCAGGUGAAGAACAAGGUAACAGCUGACAUUAAGCAAAGAGUCGAAGACGAUCGGUGUACACCAGACGGCAAACCUGUCUCCAUCGAAGUGCAACUCGACGUCGUCGAGGACCCGACCUCCGAGUCAAACGAAGUCUCGAUCAAACUGUUAAAAAACGGCCAGGAAGUCGCCCAGUCCGAGGACAUUGCGAACGAGGUCCGUGAAGAAUUCGAAUACGAGCUCGGGCAGUUGAUGCAGGAGAAAACCGGCAAGGUGACAGAGGUGGAGCUGACGAGAAAACUGGAACACGGGGAUUCCGCCACACCCGUGGUGCUCUGGACCGACGACGGGUCGGAAAAUUUCAAGAAGGGCGACCCGGGGUGGAUCAUCGUGAUUUUCUUCGAGGAGUCUUCCAUCCCUUCCGCGGAGCGCGAUCUCCGCCGGUUCCGCUACCGGCUCCGCGACCACGUGGGCCACUACAUCAUGGCGGCCACGGGGCAGCGGCCGGAGCGGGUGUACGCGAAGAAGAUGGAGAGCAGCGUCCCAGCCUCGGUGGAAACGACGUCGGAUGUGAAGCAGGAAAAAAGGGAGAAGACGGAGGAAGAGAAGGACUUGACCAAGCAGUACGUAUGCAUUGCAGAUAUAACAUAAACUUCUUCUGGUUCUGUAGACGGUGAGCAUGCAUAAAUGCAGAUUUUGAAAAAAUCCAAAACACAAAGCUUCUCAUGCUACAACGGCGGCAUCACAUGGUGAAUCUUGUCAUGCACGGUUGUCAUGAUUCAUUUGUACGCCCACGGUAGAUUUUCUGUGCAUGAUGCGCGGUCGAGUCCAAUGCCGUGGACCAAGACUCCAAAGACGAGAACAAUGCGAGCGACAACACGGCAAAACUCGAAGCGAGGGCCUCCAACACGUUGAAAGAGCUCGAAAAAGAAAAGGAAAAAAGCGACGGGCCACCCGCCGCUGCGGAAGAAAAGUUUCGGAAAUCGACAAGUAGUUCCAGCAGCUCUUGGUCCUCAGCAUCAUCAUCGUCUUUUGUCCAGUUAGCGAACAAGAAAACGAUGCACCACAAAGAUGAAGUAGACGCACAGGCAGCUGGAAAUAAUGACCAGGGCGAGGGCAGCGGCGACGAGGAGAAAGGAAAAGACGACGGAGGUAAAGACAAAGAAACUGCAGACGAUAAUUCUCCUGCUCCAGCACGACCAGCAGAAGAAUCCAAUAGUUUGAAGGAGUUCAACGAGUUACCCAGUUUGAUUCAGCCCGCCACCGCCGCAAAAGCGCUGCUCUACAUCCGCUACGAUGUCCGCGCAGACCCGAUUACGGGAGUGAGGAACGAUUACUGGAAGGACCCGGGAAUCAUGAAGCAAGUGGCGGACGGCUUGUUGCAGUAUGGAAGGGGAAGGAGAGUAGAUUUUAUGUGUCAGUCUCGGUUUCGGAAAAUUAACCGAGGUAAACUUUACAAAUGUGCAUGCUGAAGUGGUACCUGUCUUGUUUCUAAAAUCCACACACGCACAGAUUUAUUCUCGUUUCCCUUCCAUACCCAGCUGAUGAAGGGGAUUCGAAUCGUGACCAUCGUGUAUUCCGUCCAGGGCGGACCCGUCCGGAGCGACCUCCUCGCGGACACAACUGUCGACCCGGUAACUGCCGUCAAAAACGAAGAAGACGCCGCGUCUGUGGAGACAAAGCACAUCUCCAAAUCGGGCGAAGUCAUUUCCCACGGUGGGGAAACGGACUUGACGAUGCUGCUCUUCAUCGGAUUCGGCGCAAUUCUUCUCCUCGUCGCCUUUCUGCUCUUCUACUUCCGAAGACCCAACAACGACGACGACGAUGUUUUCGUCGACCUCCACGACCCAAGACUGGUCCACAGCAGCCGGGAGCACCAAAGAACCUUCUCCAACGAAGCAACUCCCCGGAGCACGCACUCCUCGCCCGGGCGGGUCAGUUUGGAACGCGGGCAGGUGGAAAAACUACCGACGGAAAACGAAAACACCUCCUCCGCCAGUUCGAGCGUGGCCGGCGGAGGGAGUACGCCGAAGAAGGGGGUUUCAGGUUCGCCCGGAGGGAAAGACAAUCGAAAAGGUCUUGCUGCGCCAGCUGCUGCGGGCGGUGGGAAGGGUUCCAGCACAGCAGGAGAGAAGGGAAGUACUGUUGUCGGACAGAAAGCGCCGGGUAGUCUUGUCGCUGGUGGGAAGGAAGGCACCGUGAACAUGGGCUCGGCGGCGCUGGCGUCGAUGACGAUGCCGGGGAAUAUGACCAUGCCAGGCAACGUGCAGAUGAAGGGAAAAAUGCAGCCGCAACAACCGCACAUGCAAGCGGUACCGCAGGCAGCUGGGAGCAUAAGUAAGGGAAAUAUGGUGAAAGGCGGUGCUCCGCAGCAGGCGAACACAGCAGGAAAAGCAGGGCCAGGAGGAGCAGCUGCGGGACCGACUGCUAAUCAACAUCAACAAGCAGCACCAGGAGGUCAUCUUGCUGGAAGUAAAGCGAUGAAGGGAGGACCUCGACCAGGGGCGGGAGGACCACCAGCUGCCGCCCACAAUCCAAACGCCAGUAUGAAUUCAUCUGCGCAGAUGAUGAUGAAACAGCCGCCGCCGGCAGCGUCCGGUAGUGUGAUCGCGCCGCAUAAAGGCGGACCAGCUGGUAUGCCGCCGAAGCCGACCGGUGCCGCGGGUCCACCGCCAAAGCCGGGACAAGUAGCACCGCAGCAUCAGCACCAGCCUGUGGGAGCGAAGAAGCCAGCAGGUGUGGCGCCAGCCCCCGGAGCAGGCGGAGCGCCGGCAAACAAGCCCGGUGGUAGUUCCCCACCUGGAGCGAAAGGUCCGCCGGGAAAACACCCGCCUGGAGGCGCGCCACAACCCGCAAAAGCGGGCGGACAACAAAUUUCUCCAGCGCAAGCAGGAAAAGUAGGAGCCGUACAGGCAAAGGGGGGUGCUGGUCAACAGGCGGCGCAAGAACAUGUACCGCCCGGCGGUGCAGGGAAGAUGCCAGACGGGGCGAAGGGAAUGAUGAAGCCGGGCGGUGCUGGGGACAUGUUGAAAGGUGGCGGUGGAAAGCUGGUUGACAUGAAAGGUGGCGGAAAGCCGGUUGAGAUGAAAGGUGGUGGAAAGCCGAUCGAAAUGAAAGGCAUGAUGAACAAACCGGCAGGAGAUCACACAAAGGGAAUGGUGAGGCAAGUCAGUGCGGCUGGCCCACCCGGGGAGGCGAAAGGGAAAAAGUAGUGCGCGAGGAGGAAUCCGAUUUUUUUUCACUGCUUCGAUCUGAUUUUCGAUAGCAUCUUUUUUUUUUUAAUUUGUUACCUCCGGAUUUUUAGCAGUUUACCCAGAAAAAAAGUGCAGAUAUUUCGUUAGUCCCAUGUUUCAGUUUAACGACUAACUUUUAGCAAAAACUCCUUUAAGACUUGUUAAGAUACUUUUAGCAACUUCUUACGCAAAAUUAAUGGAAAUUGAAAGUGACGACCCUGCGGUCACUGCGAUACUUUUUUAUGCAGAUGAAAUGCGAGUCUUCCGUAGGGGCAGGAGGCUGGUUGUCCCAGGAUAUAAUGAAGCUUUUUCUUGGUUCAUGUAUGAUGAUGCUUCUUCUACCUAGCGUACAGUUUUCAAAAUGAAAAUAGGCUGGCCACUGACCACACCAACCUGUACAUCAUGAAAAUGCACUGUGCCAGCAUGUGGCUUCGUUACAAACCAAGAACUUUUUUUUACCACGCCCCCUUUUUUUCCUCUGCCAAGCAGUUUUACACACAUACGCAGUUUGGCUUUAGUUGUCUACUAGAAUCGCACAGUACAGCAACAAAGGAACAAUUUCGAACAACAAAUCUAUCAAAGUAGACGACGUUUUGAUUUUUUUACAAAUGAACAGGAGUCAUUGUCAUGCAAGGCGAAUCUUCCUUGCUUCAGAUCGAUGAUUGCACAAUCAGCGACUCAUCGGGAGGAUGAAACGCGAAAUAUGGUUGGUAGUGGUUCAAGCGGCUUUUUUUUUGCGUAAAAACGUUCGGAGGUGGCGUCUGAGCGCAUGUUGUCAGAGGAGUUGUUGAGAGAGGAGAAAAAGUACGGACGGCUCAUGAGCUGG